AUGGUCUCCUCGCAACAUUUUUGUAUAUUAUUUUUAUUCCUAACACUUCCGGCUGUAAUAUAUUCUAUAAAUCGACCGAAAAUUGUGAAAAUUACGACGACACAGGCAACAACAACCACUACCGGAGAGCCGAGAAAAUUACCGGAAGGUAAGAGAUUUUUGGGAAAUUUUGGGGGAAAAGUGUAGUCUUUGUAUUUAGUGAGAGUAAAAUCACAUCAUUUUAAAUAGUUUGUGGUCAAGGUUGAAAGUAAGUGUAACUUUUCUUGAUAGAGAAAAUUUAAAGUAGCUUGGUUUUUUGGGGGUCGGGAAAAAUAUUGAGAACAAAAAAAAACAGAAAAUAUCUUCACAAAAUGAAUAUUUCUACAAAUUUCUAACUCAAAACUCUUUAGAUGUGAUUUUAAAACUAGAAAAUCAGGAUUUUCACAUUAAAAAAAUUAUUUAUAAAUUUUUGGCCCAAAAUCUAAAUUUGGUCGUACUUUUUAAUUUUCUUUUCAAAAUAACAAUGAACUGAAAAUAAAAUAUUCCGAAAGAAAUCACUUAAAAAUCCGCUAUUUUCCAGUUCUUCUCAACGCAACCUGGGAAUGUGGCACCGACGAAUUCACCAAAUCAAUAAGCGAAGGUGAAAUCCUUGGAAAAUGUCCAAAACUUCGAGACCAAUUCAAUAGUUGUUGCUAUGCACACGAUCAAUGUUAUGUCGAUCAAUCGGGCCAAAAAUUUUGCGACGACAAUUUUUGCGAUUGUUUAGAGAGACGAAGUCGAAGUUCGAAAUUGUGUCAUGACGAAUCGAGUCCGAUAUUUUGUAGUCUUGUUAAAUCAUUUGGCGAUGGAGCAUAUGAAGCAUCAGCUCCGAAUGCAACAACAACAGAUGAAGGACUUAUUGAAACUGAUGAUUAUGAUUAUGAAUCGAAUGUUAGAAAUGGAACUAAACUUUUUGACUAA